AUGAUACUGUUGUGGCGCGCCCUGGACGUCGGCGCGGGUUUUGCUGCAGGGUGGUCCAUGCUGAAACUGGCCUCCUCCUACUGCAAGGCCAAGUUCGCCUCCUACCACCCAAGCAGUGACGGGAAGGGGAGGACGGGAGGCGGACUCACACUGUUCCCGCCCUUCUUUGUUGUGCCCGGCGGCAACCUCGAUGAUAACAUACUAAGACCCCAGCAAUACAACCAGCCCCCCCCGGCCAACUACUACCGCUACACCCCGGAUUCCUUUGACGCCCUUGUGAAGGCCAAGACACCAAUGUUGUUUAGCCAUCUGAGCUGCGCCUUCGGUGGCACGGUGACGAACCGCAUGCUUCGGAGUGUUGCUGCCACGGCGCCGCCGGAUCUCCAGCGCGAAAUUCUCAUUUUGUGCGGUGACGGUGAGUCGCUUUGCCAGAACCCCAACGGCGCCGCAGGCAAGCAUGUCAUCAGCGUCAUUGCCACCGCUGCCGCCCUUGCGGAUUUGACCUACGCGAAGAACAUCAACGCCGGUCUCCGCGAGGUGACGCUUUUCACUGCCGUUGACGACGCGAAAGGCGAAGAGCAUGGCACGGCUGAGAAGCGCUUCAUGGCCUUGUUUGGCGCUCAGGAUGCCAACUUCUACACCUCCCAGAAACCAAACGUGGCUGUUGAUGAGCCCAGCUUUGCCGAGUACCUUCUCGGGCGCCGGUGGGCUGUGAUUGGAAGCCCGAAGGAACACCCGAACGCGCUGCUGGUUGGGCUUAAGGCCAAGGCCCCCAGCUUUACCACGGAAGAGGACCGGUCGGCCGAGACCGUUGCGCGCAAUGAAGCCCCCGAGCUCGAGGUGACGCUCGUGUUCCGCGGCAGCUUUUUUGACACAGACGAUGUGCCUGACUCUGUGACGGUGGCGGACGAACAGCGGGUGUACACGCCGAAGGAGAAGAAGGGCCUGAUCUACCACGACUGGGUUGGCGGCAACCUGCGAGUCUCGGCUGUGGAUGCCUACGGCACCAAGGUGCACGGCGGCUUCCAACAGCGCCUUGAGCUGUUGUGGCCCAAGGUUGUAGAGUUUGUCAACGACGCCCUGAAUGACGGCGCCGUGAGCCUCGGCUGCGCAGCCAAUAAAUUCUCUCUCAGCUUUGCGAUUGCGGGGCACAGCCAGGGAGCUGGCAUUGCCACGCUCGCGGCGCUCAAGCUUCUGACGUGUACGGACUUUGCCAACGACGGGGGCCCGGACAACCGCGGGCCACCCCGCAUCCACCUUUACACUUUUGCUUCGCCCGCUGUGGUUAUGCAUGACCAGCUCCCGGACACGCACAUUCGCCACUUCCGCUUCCUCCUCAACAACGACUGGGUGCCCACUGAACCGCCUCGCCCUAGGUGGGCUCAGCGCUUUUGGUGGUACACCCACAGCAAUGACUUGGCUAUCGUCCUCGAUGGCAAGAAAAACAACUAUGCCGCUUCCUGGGUUGGAGCUGACGCGCACUCCGCGUACGCCCCACUGCUGCUGCGGCUCGCCGAGGGCGACAUGAGCGUGCUCUAACUCUGCGACCUGCCACUGUUUCGUCUUCUUCCGCCUGCAUGCAUCUUUCGUGACUAGACUGUGUUUCAGGGGGGGUUACAAGGAUAUAGAAGCCCCUGAACCCCUUUUUUUUUAACUGAAGAGGCACCAGACCAGCCUCGCGGCUUGCUCCAGCGCCAACGCCUGGCUGUGCCGCACAGAAAGCGAAAUGAAAGUAGAGGGAUCGGCAAGGGCGAGGGUCGUCCCCGAGCCAGUACACCCAGUGGCCUGGCGGUGCCCUCAAUUGAUAAACGUUUGC